UCCUCCCCCAGGCUCCUUGAGUGGGAAGAGUGUCCUGGGGGCUGCCAGGUGUUACCAGUAACUGCAGCAAGAUGCCAGGAAGAUUGGGGCGGUCCAGCCCCCUGAUCUGUCUCCUGAUACUUGUGAGGUGAGCCCUCCUUCUACUCCUAGCCCAUGAAGAAACACAGGACAGAUACCUGGGGCCUCAUUAGAAAGACCCUCAGGAAUGAUGUGAGCUACACAAAAGAGUGGAAAGAGAAGCUUUCACUAGAGGAAACACUGGUUCACAUUCACUGAAGGCCCUUCCUGCAGCAUACUUAGGGCGAGGCAGUGAUGGGGAAUAUGGAAAAUAGCUCUUCCUUUCAAGUCAUUUCUAUUGUGAUAAGUAAUAGGGCCUUUGUUGCUCUUGCAGGAAGAGACUGCAAAUCAGGUGAUUGGUUUCUAGUCUGAUUAAUUGUCUUGAGUGACCAGUAGGCUAGACACACUUAUAUCUGAGUUUAAUCACUCAUUUUUGUUAGUGACCUAGGCAUUUCCUCUCUUUUUCUUCCUUUAAAGGCAGAGGCAAAUUGCUGAUUUUCAGUCAAAGUCAAUAAGUAUUGUAAAAUAGAUUAUUGUCUCCUCAGCUUUGUACUUUGGUAGAACGUCUUCAGAGCAUGUAAUUAGGGAACCCGGAAAAGUCAAAAGAAAUAAAGCUACUGCCAUCAUAAUUGUCCCUGUUUUUAAAAAGGGAGAAGUCUAAAGGAGCAGAAGGCAAGGAUUCUGCUUCUAGAAAGCUGGGACCACACUCUGUGGGGAAAUUCUGACCUCCUGAGCUCUCCCCUGACUUCAGCCUCUCCAGUUAAUUUGGCUGAGCCGGUCUUGGGCGCCUUGAUCAGUCUGCUGCUUAGAAGGGCAGGUACUAGGCGACCACAGGUCUGUGUUGUUCAGGCGGGCUACAGAUAGAGAACUCAGUGGGAGAAUGGCCUUCUUACCUGUGGGCGAGUGUAAAUUCUCUGCACUUUGGAGGGUUUGAGAAAAUGUAAACUUUUAUUUGAUAAAUCAAAAACUCACUGAUUGGGCACUUAAUUAACCAAACUUCAGUGGGAGAUGUUUAUUGGCUGAUUAGAGAACAUCUUCAUUCUAUAAACAACCAGGACUGACCCCCAGGUAAACAGCCACCGUAAAAUAUGUUUAAACAUGAAGAUGUAUAUGUUUCUACCUCCCCACUGGUCAUAUCCUGAAAUGUUUCUAGGAUAGAACAGGAACAAUUAGGAAAAUUUAUUAUAAUAACUUUUAGCAGGACUAAAAAUUAAUUUUAUAAUUCGUAUUGUCUAAAAUGAGUUUUUUUUUUCCCCUCCCCAAAGCCCCACUAGAUAGUUGUAUAUUCUAGUUGUAAGUUCUUCUAGUUCUUCUAUGUGAGCCACCACCACAGCAUGGCAACUGACAGAUGAGUGGUGUGGUUCUGUGCCUGGGAAACAAACCCAGGCUGCUGAAGCAGAGGGCUCCAAACUUUAACCACUAGGCCAUCAGGGCUGGCUCUAAAGUGAGUUUUUUAAAGCAAAGAUACAUUUACUGUGGACCUUGGAAAUCUCUUUAGGCCAUGGAUAAGUAGUAUAUGAAAGGGAGAAUUUAAUAAAUACACUUUAAUUAGGGAACCUUGAGAACACUAGUGCUGAAUGAGGCCCCUCUGCAUUACCCCUGACAAACACUCACACAGCUUCUGAUUAAAUGCUUUAAGGAUGAGAAACCACAACUUAGAAGAGUUCGUGUUUAAAGACUUGUGCCUAUUUAAUUUUCUCAGCUUUUUUUUUAAAAAAAGCAAAAACCUGGCUUUCUUUUAAUUCUACCAUGGGAUCCAAUUCUUAGUCCUAGAUCAACAUCAGAAUCAAAUCCUCCUGCCCCAAAUACCGAGAUUGCUGUCAUGUGCCUCAUAGUCGUCCUCAAGGCUAAAGUGUUCCAGCUCCCUCAGCUCCUCCUCCUGUGAGAUUCCUUCUGGGCUCUGCCACCUGGUCGCACUCCUGCAGACACCCUCCAGCGUGCCCCUGUCUUUCUUCAAAAGUGAAAUGAACGCAACACUUCAGAUGUGGGCUGCCUAGGGAGCUGGGCACUCUGUUCUCUUCAUAUAGCCUAAGCCUGAGUUUCUUUUCCGCAGUCUUGCUGUAUGGCACAAAUCUAUUGCUUAUAAGGAUGUGCCUUAAUUAAAAGGUUAGGAUGUAGUCAGUAAAAGAACCAUGAAAGUACAACUAACUUGCUGAGUACAACUAAUUCAUAUCUCAUGAUAUGAGAGGCAUCUAUAAACAUGAUUUUGAUACUAAAAUAUCUGUGCUGUUGCCCUCAUCAUGGUUACUAUUAGCAAACUAAUAGCAGCUCUUUAGAAGGAGGUUCAUGGGUGCUGUUGUAGAAUUUUGCUGGGGGCUCAACAGAAAGUUCCCUCGUUCAUAUAUGUAAACUUUCUCUUAUUUGUCCUUCUCCAGGCGUUGGGCCCCUCUCUCAUUCUGAAUAAUAACAUUCUGAUCCCGUCUGUAAAUUGUUCAGUACUCUAACAUUUAGUUCUUCUGGGGAUGGAGACUGGAACUCUUCUCAGAAGGUAGACACUAUCACCACACCUCUCUUGUACCAUGUUUUCAGAAAUAAUUUUUAAAAUAAUUUCUCUUUGAUAAAGUAGGGGAAGUAAAAUAAGAGUUUCUGCCUUUUAUUUGUUAUCAAUUAAAAUUAUGCCAUAUGCUCCAAGCAUUGUGCCCACUCCUUUUAUUUCUUUUGGCUCAAGUAUCUUAUUUUUCUUUUUUUCAUGUUUUUUAAUUUAUUUUCCUUUUUUUGUUUUGUUUUGUUUGGGUGAGGUUUGGCUCAUUUCGUGCUUAAACUUCCUGACAUUGUUUUUACAGGCUUGGGCCCCACCGCUUGUGUGUGGUGAUCUGAGUUGUCUUCCACCAUUUUGUUGCUCCUCAGCCUGCCCGAGGCCCGCCCGCCGUCCCUCCGCUGACUCCCUCAGAACCUUACUGACGCACUUAGGAACCCUCGUUCCCCCUUUUCAAGUCUUCAGCUAUGGAAUUCUACCUCUCUUUUCUUUUUCAUUUAAAGAAUUAAUAUGCUUCCCUAAAGUCUGGGCUAAGUUAAAACCUUAACUUGAGUUUUCCCAUUUGUGCCCCGGUGUAAGCUUUUAGCUCAAUUUUAGUUUGGAUUUAAGAAUCCAAAUGUUCUCAUCAUAUUCUGUUUUAAAACUUUUCAUACUCCAUGGUAUUUGAACAACUUUUGAGAUCUAUAAACAUUUUGAAGUCCUUUACUUUUUUCUGGCUGAUGGAGUUGGAAUAGGCCAGUACGCACUAAAUCCUUCAGUUUGACCCAAAAAUAUUUCUCUCAGGCUCCUUAUUGCCAGCUCCACCUCCUUUUGCUGCGGGGCCAGCCUCCAGGGCCUGGGAGCCCUAAGGAUUCUGAGGGUGCUGUUAUUUGACUCCUUCCUAUGGAUCAUUCCAAAGGAAGGCACGUGGAGUCUGUGGAAUUCCGUGAUCACCUGAAUUGUCCUGUCUUUGAUAAUCAAGUGCAGGUGCAGGUACUGAGGAGCAGCUACCUCGCUCGCCCUGUUUUUGCCCAUUGACAUGUUCUCUGCUCCCACUUCGCAUAGCUGUGACCCAGCACCUUCGCCAAGUCCACCGACAGCAAGGUGUCUCUGUCUGGAAGGCUCCCCGCGCUUCUGCACGUCAUUCCUCCUGCAUCCCCACCUGCUCUCAGCUCCCCUGAGAACCUGCUUGGCCCAGGCACCGGACUGUGCCUUGGGAUUCAAAGAUGAAAUAGCUAACAGCCGUAUACAGUAGACGCUCAAUAAACAAUGGAAGGCUUGGAAUAAACCAACACAAUGGACUGGGGUACCCUGCACACUUUCAUCGGGGGUGUAAACAAACAUUCCACCAGCAUUGGGAAGGUGUGGAUCACUGUAAUCUUCAUUUUUCGUGUCAUGAUCCUUGUAGUGGCUGCUCAAGAAGUGUGGGGUGACGAACAGGAAGAUUUUGUCUGCAACACUCUGCAACCUGGGUGCAAAAAUGUGUGCUAUGACCACUUUUUCCCCGUGUCCCACAUCAGGCUGUGGGCCCUGCAGCUGAUCUUCGUCUCCACCCCAGCCCUGCUGGUAGCCAUGCAUGUUGCCUACUACAGACAUGAGACUGCCCGCAAGUUUAGGAGAGGAGAGAAGAGGAACGAAUUCAAAGACUUAGAAGACAUUAAGAAGCAGAAAGUCCGGAUAGAGGGGUCCCUGUGGUGGACAUACACCAGCAGCAUUUUUUUCCGGAUCAUCUUUGAAGCAGCCUUUAUGUACGUGUUUUACUUCCUUUACAAUGGGUACCAUCUGCCCUGGGUGUUGAAAUGUGGGAUUGACCCUUGCCCCAAUCUUGUCGACUGCUUUAUUUCUAGACCUACUGAGAAAACCGUGUUUACCAUUUUUAUGAUUUCUGCCUCUGUAAUUUGCAUGCUGCUUAAUGUGGCCGAGUUGUGUUACCUGCUGCUGAAAGUUUGUUUUAGGAGAUCAAAAAGAGCACAGACGCAAAGAAAUCACCCCAAUCAUGCCUUAAAAGAGAGUAAGCAAAAUGAAAUGAAUGAGCUGAUUUCAGAGAGUGGUCAAAAUGCGAUCACAGGUUUUCCAAGUUAAACAUUUCAAAGUACAAUGUAGCUGACUCAUGAUAAAACUGACCUGAAGCUCCCCUCUCCAGGCUGAAGACCUUGUCUUCAUCAACGGCUUUCGGCUUUCGUAGUACAUAGAUACUUGAGUUAACUUUUUGUAGAAUAAUUGUGCCAUUAAUAUGCAACAUAAUAUGUGGUCCAUCUCUGAAAACUAAGACGAUGACAACUGUGCCUUGAAGUAACUUGAACAUGUUUAAGUGGACUGUCUGACAUAGUGGAUAUUCCCUGAAAAUUUAAGUAUGUAACUGUUGUUGAUAAAGAACAUUUAUCUAUAAAUUGAUGCUCUUAUUAGUAAAAGAUAUUUUUGUAGGAUCAAAUGUUUUAGUUCUGACUUUGAAUUUGUAUAUUUUUAUAAUGACUGGUCUUCCUUACUUGGAAAAACUUGCAAUGUUAGUUUUAGAAUCAUACCAUAAGUAUCUAAAUUUUGAACUUAAAAGGGUCUACCUUGUAAAUAUUGUUUUGAAUUGUCUAUUGACAAACUUAUGAACUGUCAUGAUACUCUUAAUGUGGAAAGUGUUCGUCAUACCAUGUAUUUUUACUGCUCUCUGAAUGUGGACCGAGCUGUGUGGAAGCGGGAAGCUUUUUAAAACCAGCCUAUUUGCAGUUAUUGUGAACAGCUGACGCGUGAAUGUGCUUCCCCUCAAUAAAGAUCAGCCCCAUUG